AUAAUAAACGACGGAGUGCUAUAGCACAGCCAAUGAUUCAGCGGUACACACGUGAAUAGCCGUGCUUAUCAAGUACAACAUCAUCUUCCGAACGGCAGUGAAAACAACUACUUGAACUAGAGAUCAUCAUCUCUCGCUUGCUAAGGAUUAAACGAUCGUAUUAGUGACAGCCCGUCACUAACGCUACCUUCUGUGUGGGGUAGACAGCGGAACAUCCACACUGUCAACAUGGUUCACUAUGAUCGAGUUUACGGUAAUAUUAGCAAGUCGGCCAGCUUCCACAAUAAGUUGGUGCCCAGUGGUAAGAAUAGUGUGAAUAGUUCAUUCGAAAGUGACUACCACAAACCAGCGAAAGGUGUCUCGGCCACAAGAUUGACACGUAAGUCGUCGACAGGAUCGACGACUACAUCAGCGUCGGAAGUCGAAGACGGCCGACAGUCAUCCUUCUCGUGCUCGUCCAGCGAGGCCGAGUGGCUCGUUCAGUCAAUCGAGCAGGUCUGCCGCAAAACGCUGUUCAAACAAGUCGCUACCAACACUGUCAACGAGUUCGUGGCCAGCCCAGCCACAAAAACGGAGAAGCUGCCUAGUCCAAUACUCAAGCACAAAACGCCCGUAGUGGAGCCCAAAAAGAGCCCGGUGACUAGCACCCCCAAGCGACAUAAUCAGACCAAAUCACUCAUCCGGAGAUGCUCUCUACGCCUUCGACGGAGCGACGACACCAAGAAGAAGAUGGUGAGGUUUGCAUCAGCCGAAGACGUGUUUUCGGUGAGCGGUCGAGAGGAGUUCACUGAGACUGAACUCUCGGUACCCAUUGCAUCGUUACCUCUUAGAGGCAAGUCCAGUCCCAGCCCACAAAAACCAGUCCAGCUAAACUCAUCUGGCGAGUCGCAUAUCUACGAUCCGGUGACACCGAUCCACAUGGAGACGCCUCGCGUGCCUGUGCGUCAUCGUCGGAGCCUACAGCAGGUAACGAAAAGGCUCAACUUUGACGACACCUUCACGUCUGACAAUUCGCAUAUUUAUGCGACCGCCUUUGAGCAACCACAGCCGUCAAACGCAGUCCAACUAGAAGAGUCACACCCACUUUCUCACUAUCUCCAAUGGAUCGUCGAACAGAGUGACCUAAAUGCCGCUCCAUCUGUCCAGCAGUGGUUGAAGCAAACUCGCACCCAGGUCGAAACCGAAUGUCUGAGCGCUUUGCAAAGUAAAAGCCUCACGAAAGACCCGAUUCUGGCGGCGAUUCUGGGCGUGGGUGAUGCUCAGGAAGCGAUAUCGCGCUUGCAAGACCGUCACGAAAAUGUUCAAGCUACUGUUGGCCACGUGACACGCCGACUUGAGCAGGGUCAAUGGGUGAAGUUCUGCAGCUCUGUACCAGGACUCAGCACCGAGGUUAAUGAUUUCCUAUUAGAGUAUCGGUGUAUUAUUGAGAAUUCGUCACCUUAUUCUCGAUCGGUUGAGCGACACAUGUACGAAACACUGCGUAGGCUUCGUGAAGUCGGUUCUCGACCCAACAGUAAGCCUCAGACGCUCACAGAAUUCGAGAAUAUCCAGUCACUGAUGGCUGAUGUGAAGAAUACCUUGCAGACACUAGCUAACUCGUUAUUUCUUAAGGAAAUUGCUAAGAUUGUCAAAAUUAUUGAAGAGAAUAAGAGACAUAAACGAGCUGCUUUGGGCUGCUCACGGCGUGCCGCGGCCGCUCUUUGCACGCUAGCUCAGGACUCGCCAUCGAUGUGUGAUCUGAUCACCCGAGUCAAUGGAGUCGAAGCUCUCCUGAGUGUCUGUGAGAUACGUGAACUGCGCUGCAUAUGGCCUACAGCCCUGCGCGCGUUGACCCUUCUCUGCUCACAAACAGCUGCCACUCGUGCGUUUGAUCAAUGUGCGGGCGUUCUAAUUAUACGCGACAUUCUACAAGACAAGAACUCGAGCGAGCAGGAGAAAACCGAAGCCGUUGGCCUGCUCACCCAGAUCACUGCGCCCUGGACAGAGACACCCGUCCUGCGCGGUAUGAAGGAAUCCAUGGAUCAACUAAUUAAAUCAUUGACUGAAGUCAUGAACAAGGCUGGUAAUAGUGAGGAGUUCCUGUUAGCGACAGCGGCCGUCGCCAACCUCUCAUUUCUCGAUCCCAUCGCGGUGGCCUACCUGCACAAAUACGGCACAACCCGAAACCUCAUUAUGGCUUGUCGUCAUAAGUCGAUCGCACAGAGCGUCUUCGUCAAGGAUCAGGUUGCGACUGUCCUUGCAAACGUCGCCUCGGAGAAGGCGUGCCAUCGCGACGUUGUUGAAUGCGGUGGUUUGACAGUGCUUUUGUCGCUUUUGCAGCUUCGACCUAACAUGUUACAAAAACAGGUUGAGGUUGACAUUUGUGAACGGAUUCAGCAGAAGUCUGCCAUUGCUCUUGCCCGACUCUGCACGUCAGCAAUGGUUGCUGAGCGCGUGAUCCAGAUGCAGGGUGUUCACCGUCUUGUGGCCUUAUGUAAGGAGCCCAAGGAGCGUAAUAACGCCGAUUCUGUACUUGUUGCCUGUCUCGCAGCAUUGCGUAAGAUCGCGGCUGUUUGCAGUCCCAUUGACAUGGAGGCUAUUGGAGCGCAUGACCUCGUUAGCAAAGAGCUGUGGGAUACCUUCCAAAUGUACUCCAGCAAGACGGAGUCCUACGUAUAGACAAAAGUAUCAUGAAAAAUAUUCUAAUUAUUAGUAGGGAACUCGUAUCAGGCAACCCCAAUGGAAACAGUUCUGAGUUACGUUAAAUGAGAUUUUUUUUUUUGAGUUCUAAAUCCUCGAAGCCUUUUUGAGGAUGAACACAGUACAGGUUUCUGGAUGUUCAGUUACCGUCGUUUCUGUUUUGUUGAACCCCCGCAAAUCGUACCGCGGGGUGCCUUCAUCCAGAGAUCUUCAAGUGAAACAAUCUAGUCAAAGUCAACUCUAGUUCAUGAGUAAACAUUGAAUCGAACGCACAGCGCUACAGAUGCUCAGUGUAACAUAUUGUACAAAUGUUGUACCUAAAUGUUAGAAUAAUGCUGAAAGCCAAAGAUGUACAUAUAGUUACAGAAGCGAACACAGAAAAAUAAUACCUAUGCAAACUUAUUAUUCGAUCAAAUAGAGAAGAACUGA